CUGGAACAGUAUACAAUGAGCCGAAGAAUUUUCUCUGUUACUGAUGUAUGGAGAGAAUAUGUUUUCAGCUUUAAUGGCAGCCCAUCCAUUCAAUCCUUAGAAAAUAAAUACGGAACUGCAUGGAGAAAAUAUCGUAAAGAGUCUAGAUUUUUUAGUAGAAGAAAAGAGCUGUACGAUGCAAUUAAUGAAAGAGCAGAGUUAGAGAAUAUAUCCCCUGAAGAAGCUGCUCAAAGAAUGGAG